AUGGAAAAAUAUGUGGAAACAACAAAGCACCCGCCCCCCCCACCCGCGCCGUCUUCGCACCCGCCCCCCCCCACCCGCGCCGUCUUCGCACCCGCCCCCCCCCACCCGCGCCGUCUUCGCCCCCCACCCGCGCCGUCUUCGCCCCCGACCCGCGCCGUCUUCGCCCCCGACCCGCGCCGUCUUCGCCCCCGACCCGCGCCGUCUUCGCCCCCGACCCGCGCCGUCUUCGCCCCCGACCCGCGCCGUCUUCGCCCCCGACCCGCGCCGUCUUCGCCCCCGACCCGCGCCGUCUUCGCCCCCGACCCGCGCCGUCUUCGCCCCCGACCCGCGCCGUCUUCGCCCCCGACCCGCGCCGUCUUCGCCCCCGACCCGCGCCGUCUUCGCCCCCGACCCGCGCCGUCUUCGCCCCCGACCCGCGCCGUCUUCGCCCCCGACCCGCGCCGUCUUCGCCCCCGACCCGCGCCGUCUUCGCCCCCGACCCGCGCCGUCUUCGCCCCCGACCCGCGCCGUCUUCGCCCCCGACCCGCGCCGUCUUCGCCCCCGACCCGCGCCGUCUUCGCCCCCGACCCGCGCCGUCUUCGCCCCCGACCCGCGCCGUCUUCGCCCCCGACCCGCGCCGUCUUCGCCCCCGACCCGCGCCGUCUUCGCCCCCGACCCGCGCCGUCUUCGCCCCCGACCCGCGCCGUCUUCGCCCCCGACCCGCGCCGUCUUCGCCCCCGACCCGCGCCGUCUUCGCCCCCGACCCGCGCCGUCUUCGCCCCCGACCCGCGCCGUCUUCGCCCCCGACCCGCGCCGUCUUCGCCCCCGACCCGCGCCGUCUUCGCCCCCGACCCGCGCCGUCUUCGCCCCCGACCCGCGCCGUCUUCGCCCCCGACCCGCGCCGUCUUCGCCCCCGACCCGCGCCGUCUUCGCCCCCGACCCGCGCCGUCUUCGCCCCCGACCCGCGCCGUCUUCGCCCCCGACCCGCGCCGUCUUCGCCCCCGACCCGCGCCGUCUUCGCCCCCGACCCGCGCCGUCUUCGCCCCCGACCCGCGCCGUCUUCGCCCCCGACCCGCGCCGUCUUCGCCCCCGACCCGCGCCGUCUUCGCCCCCGACCCGCGCCGUCUUCGCCCCCGACCCGCGCCGUCUUCGCCCCCGACCCGCGCCGUCUUCGCCCCCGACCCGCGCCGUCUUCGCCCCCGACCCGCGCCGUCUUCGCCCCCGACCCGCGCCGUCUUCGCCCCCGACCCGCGCCGUCUUCGCCCCCGACCCGCGCCGUCUUCGCCCCCGACCCGCGCCGUCUUCGCCCCCGACCCGCGCCGUCUUCGCCCCCGACCCGCGCCGUCUUCGCCCCCGACCCGCGCCGUCUUCGCCCCCGACCCGCGCCGUCUUCGCCCCCGACCCGCGCCGUCUUCGCCCCCGACCCGCGCCGUCUUCGCCCCCGACCCGCGCCGUCUUCGCCCCCGACCCGCGCCGUCUUCGCCCCCGACCCGCGCCGUCUUCGCCCCCGACCCGCGCCGUCUUCGCCCCCGACCCGCGCCGUCUUCGCCCCCGACCCGCGCCGUCUUCGCCCCCGACCCGCGCCGUCUUCGCCCCCGACCCGCGCCGUCUUCGCCCCCGACCCGCGCCGUCUUCGCCCCCGACCCGCGCCGUCUUCGCCCCCGACCCGCGCCGUCUUCGCCCCCGACCCGCGCCGUCUUCGCCCCCGACCCGCGCCGUCUUCGCCCCCGACCCGCGCCGUCUUCGCCCCCGACCCGCGCCGUCUUCGCCCCCGACCCGCGCCGUCUUCGCCCCCGACCCGCGCCGUCUUCGCCCCCGACCCGCGCCGUCUUCGCCCCCGACCCGCGCCGUCUUCGCCCCCGACCCGCGCCGUCUUCGCCCCCGACCCGCGCCGUCUUCGCCCCCGACCCGCGCCGUCUUCGCCCCCGACCCGCGCCGUCUUCGCCCCCGACCCGCGCCGUCUUCGCCCCCGACCCGCGCCGUCUUCGCCCCCGACCCGCGCCGUCUUCGCCCCCGACCCGCGCCGUCUUCGCCCCCGACCCGCGCCGUCUUCGCCCCCGACCCGCGCCGUCUUCGCCCCCGACCCGCGCCGUCUUCGCCCCCGACCCGCGCCGUCUUCGCCCCCGACCCGCGCCGUCUUCGCCCCCGACCCGCGCCGUCUUCGCCCCCGACCCGCGCCGUCUUCGCCCCCGACCCGCGCCGUCUUCGCCCCCGACCCGCGCCGUCUUCGCCCCCGACCCGCGCCGUCUUCGCCCCCGACCCGCGCCGUCUUCGCCCCCGACCCGCGCCGUCUUCGCCCCCGACCCGCGCCGUCUUCGCCCCCGACCCGCGCCGUCUUCGCCCCCGACCCGCGCCGUCUUCGCCCCCGACCCGCGCCGUCUUCGCCCCCGACCCGCGCCGUCUUCGCCCCCGACCCGCGCCGUCUUCGCCCCCGACCCGCGCCGUCUUCGCCCCCGACCCGCGCCGUCUUCGCCCCCGACCCGCGCCGUCUUCGCCCCCGACCCGCGCCGUCUUCGCCCCCGACCCGCGCCGUCUUCGCCCCCGACCCGCGCCGUCUUCGCCCCCGACCCGCGCCGUCUUCGCCCCCGACCCGCGCCGUCUUCGCCCCCGACCCGCGCCGUCUUCGCCCCCGACCCGCGCCGUCUUCGCCCCCGACCCGCGCCGUCUUCGCCCCCGACCCGCGCCGUCUUCGCCCCCGACCCGCGCCGUCUUCGCCCCCGACCCGCGCCGUCUUCGCCCCCGACCCGCGCCGUCUUCGCCCCCGACCCGCGCCGUCUUCGCCCCCGACCCGCGCCGUCUUCGCCCCCGACCCGCGCCGUCUUCGCCCCCGACCCGCGCCGUCUUCGCCCCCGACCCGCGCCGUCUUUGCCCCCGACCCGCGCCGUCUUCGCCCCCGACCCGCGCCGUCUUCGCCCCCGACCCGCGCCGUCUUCGCCCCCGACCCGCGCCGUCUUCGCCCCCGACCCGCGCCGUCUUCGCCCCCGACCCGCGCCGUCUUCGCCCCCGACCCGCGCCGUCUUCGCCCCCGACCCGCGCCGUCUUCGCCCCCGACCCGCGCCGUCUUCGCCCCCGACCCGCGCCGUCUUCGCCCCCGACCCGCGCCGUCUUCGCCCCCGACCCGCGCCGUCUUCGCCCCCGACCCGCGCCGUCUUCGCCCCCCAUCAACGUGCUUUACUGUGA